GGUGCGAGCUGCCGAGUGUAGACCGGAAGAAAUGUCAGAAUCACUGUGCAGUAGUGGUUCCGACGGUAACUCAACAGGGCUGCCUUUAUCGAUGUCCGACAAGUUCGACCUCCGACUUGCACUCGACUACCAUCAUGUUUACCCUCAAUUCUCUAGCACCCGAACUUAUCCAGCAAAUCGGUACAGAGUUGGGAAACAAUGUUACAGAAUUGCGCCUCGUUUGCAAGAGGAUGAGCAGCGUACUUGAAUCACACAUUCUCCGGUCGAUUGCCAUCGACAUUAUGAAGCCUCGACUCGAUGUUAGCAUCUCACAACUCACGACGCUGGCGACGCAGAGCAGUCACGCGGCGACAGCCACACAUGAGCUGCACAUCCGUAACCUCUGUCCUUCGAAGGACCCAAUUUAUCGCUCCCCUAUCCGGGUUUUUGACCCAGAUACGGAGGAAUGGGUGAACGCGCCGCCCGCUCCACACCCUCCUGAGGUGAAGAUUGCUGAGGAAAAGAUGCACGCCAUGCUUCAGGUGGCCAUCGCCUCGUUAAGCAACUUGCGGAGUUUCAAAUGGAACAUCGGUGGGUCCGAUUCAAAGUGGACGCCAACAGCGGUCAUAAAUGCAGUCAAAACUCUUCCACUCCUUGAAUCCUUUGAGUUGAUUAUAGAAGAAGGUUUCGAUAUGGCAGACCUCCAGCUGCAACCGCUACAUAAUCUGCAGAGCAUCAAGAUAUCUUCGCCACACAACAAAUCCUUCGUGAAAAUCAUUGAACCCCUUUCGCUUUUGAUUGCGAACUCGCCGAACCUUCAUACCCUUCAUUUGGGACCUACGUACGGCGCAACGACAUCCCUUCAUCGUCUUUUAGAGAAUUGCCCUCCAAACCUCGUCUUACCACUAAAGCAUUUGGGUUUGCAGGGAUUCUCACUGAAGCUCGACAGCAUCACACUUCCCCAUCUCCAGCGCCUAACGUCCCUCAUGCUACGCAAUUGCCAGACAUCGCAAUCUAGUCCAGACGGGGCGUAUGUUAGUGCGGCAGAGAGCUCGCAUCCAAACGAGAUAUGGGCAAUAUUGAAGACGACCGAUGUCCGUCUUAACGGCAUCGAUGUGAACCAUAUUUCUACCACCCUUUUCGAUUAUAUCUCAUCCUACUCAGGAUUGAAGAAACUGCGUCUGGCGCCUCUAAACUUUGAGACUCUGGGAGAAUCUGAUCUUGCCGCCAACCAAUUUUAUAACUUUUGUUUAGGCAAGCAUGCGAGCACUCUUGAAGAACUCAUUGUUAUGGCUGAUUAUGAAGGAGGGUGGUGCCUCGGGGAUGAAGCUCUCGUGGUGAUCUCGCUAUGCAAGAAGUUGAGGAUCCUCGUGGGUAAACUCGUUUCGGAAGCCCUCGACGACGCUGUGAAGUCGUUGGUGGACGUUACCACACAACUCCCUCGCUUGGAGAAACUGACCGUUCAUCCUGCGGACCUGGAGGAGUUUCGUUGGGAGGUCUGUGCUGGCCCAGAGAUGAACCAUUUCCAGUAUGUGACGACACAGCUUUGGAGAUGCGUCGGAGAGUACGAAGCAACUGAGUUUUCCAAACCCGUUCCCUUGAUCCACGUAAACUCAAGGAAGUUUAUGAUGCAGCCGAGUGGAGGUGCUGGAAGUGUGUUGAGGUAUCAAUGUAAUGAACCUGACGACAGCGAUUACUGGUACUGAGGGAAGGAACUGCAAUUCAAAAGUAGAUACUGUAUGUAGGUUAUCAAAUGUCCAUCUCAAAGGAAUAAAUAUACUUGAAUAGG